GAAGAAAUCAUAUGCUUUUUUCUCUUGAACAGUGACCAUUGCAAGCCAUUAAGAAAUUUUAGUACUAUCCCUUUUUGUUUUAAGGAGUACCCUUAAGAUUGUAGAGACUAUCUCUUUCCGGAGUUACUCUUUGGAUCAGAUAAGAUCUUCACAGUAUGAAUUUAAUCUAGAUAUGUCUCGAAUAAAUUUCCUAUCUUUCCCACUUAGGAGAAAUUUUAGUGUAUCUGCAUCUGACUCAUCAUCGUUCUUUGCGUCGGUUGGGGAUUGGUCAAGAAAAAAAUUCUUUCAAGCAAAAAUCAAAACAAGGAGAAGAGAACACUUGUCUAUCUAAAGUCCAAUCUUUCUUGUAAAGAUCCAAGAUUUCUGCUUUUGGUAUGGAGUUAGUGCCGUAUUCAGGGGACCCAGAUGGGAAAUCCGGAUCUACAACUCUUCCUUGGCAGGACAUGUUUAGAUCAGCCUCAAUUCGUGAGCCUUCACCAAACCCUCCGUCUCACGCGCCACCAACUGAACCCCAAGUGCCGCCAGUGAUGCAAUCGGAGAAGAGAAAUUCCACUGGCCCAGAUCAUGAAAACACAUUAUCUGGUGAUCCUCAGGUGAGACUUGCUUUAUAUAUAGCCAUGGCUCAUGCUGGUCUUGCUUUCACUAUUUUUAUUCUCUACUUUAUAUGCAAGCUAUUGCAAGAGUAUCUUAGGCCAAUUCAGUGGGCGAUAUUGUGUUCAAUUCCACUGAGAGGUAUUCAACAAGCCCUUGUGGCGUUUUGGAGUGAGCCAUUGAAACUUGGCCUUACUGAGACUGUGCUUGCUAUUCCUGUCUCUAUGUUUAAGGUUUUCAUUGGUACCCUAGUAGAUAUUAAGGAUGUUUUCUUAAAGGUGUUUCUAAAAAGACCGAAACAUAAUCGUCCUAGAAGUAUUCGAAGUGGAUUUUCAAAGUUACUUAGGUGGCUAAUGUCUUUUGGUGUGUUUGUGAUUACUUAUGAGAGGAUUGGUGGUUUUGGAUCAUUGCUGAUACUUGGUUUGGGAUUUUUGUUUACUACUAGAAAUGUCGAUUCAACUUUGUCUGCCGUUUCAUCAUUUAGGAGCAAUAGUUUUAGGCGUAGUUCAAUCAGCGCAUUUUUCACAAGAGGCAUAUUGAAAAGGUUAGAAACCAUUGUUGCAAUUGGAUUGAUUGUUGGUAUGAUUGUAGUGUUUUUGAGUGGAAUGAUAUUUUUCUCUUACAAGAUCGGUGUUGAAGGAAAAGAUGCUGUGUUUUCAAUAAAAUCACAUGUUGAGCAGAGUAAUUAUGCUGAAAGAAUGGGUGUUAAACAAUGGAUGGAGGAGAAUGAUUUGCCUGGAAUGGUGGAUAGAUACACUACUACAGUUUAUCAGACCGUGUCUGAACAGAUAGAUAGCCUGGCGAUGCAGUACAACUUGACUGAAUUUGUUAUGGGGAUUAAGCAGAUCGUGAUAGUUCCGUCUGGUAAUUCCUCAGGGAAAUCAACUGCUUUGAUGACACCCUCUCCAUAUACUGAGAAACUUGUGAGUUUAAGGAAGAGCAUUCGCAAUCGAGAAUGGGGACAAAUUUAUGCAGAACUGAAUGCUAUUUUUCAAGAAUUGAUGAUCACCAGAGUGGAUCUAGUUGAGAAGGCGAAAGAGUUCGCUGCUCAAGGAGCGAAUGUGUUGCAAAGUUUAUUUGCUAGUAGUGCAUCAGUCUUAGGUGGCAGUGCGAAGCUUAUGCUCUCCAUUGGAUAUUCCAUAAUAUCAGGAGCUGCAGAGGUUUUCAAUUUUGUGUCUCAGUUGAUGAUAUUCUUGUGGCUUUUGUAUUAUCUUAUCACAUCAGAGUCUGGUGGAGUAACAGAACAAGUAAUGUGUAUGCUUCCAAUUUCUCAGUCUGCAAGGAUCAGAUGCGUUGAAGUUAUUGAUAAUGCUGUUUCUGGUGUUCUUUUGGCCACAGCUGAAAUUGCAUUUUUUCAGGGAUGUCUUACAUGGCUAUUGUUUAGACUGUACAAAAUACACUUCUUGUAUAUGUCAACCAUCCUUGCUUUCAUUAGCCCACUUUUACCAAUCUUUCCAUCUUGGUUUGCAACAAUACCAGCUGCUGUCCAGCUUCUGCUUGAAAGUAGAUAUAUAUUGGCAAUCAUCUUGUCCGUUAUUCAUCUUUCACUUAUGGAAUAUGGAGCAUCUGAAAUUCAGGAGGAUAUACCUGGUUAUAGUGCAUACCUCACAGGACUCAGCAUAAUUGGUGGAAUGACAGUGUUUCCAUCUGCAUUGGAGGGAGCGAUUAUGGGGCCGCUGAUAACGACAGUUGUGAUUGCUCUGAAAGAUUUGUAUGCUGAAUUUGUUCUGGAGCAACCAAAGAAAAGUAACCAGGAGAAUGCAGUUUAGUCUCUCCUAUUGGCUGCUUCCCAUUCAUAUUUAUUUGCAGCCAUGUGGAGACCUCAUGUACAGUAGUUAGAGUUGCUUCGGUCAAGAUACAAUAGUGGUUGCCAAUUAGUAUAUGCAUCAAGUUGUUGGCUCUGCUUCUUCCUCAGCAUGGUGUGCUUCACAUUUGUUCUUAUUUAUAUAUACCACUAGAGUAUGGCUUCUUUUUCCUUUUUUAUGGUUGAGAUCACGUAAGUGUGUUCAGAUUCAAAGUUGUAAAUUCAAUUUGUAAAAACUUGUUAAGGCCCUAUGUUUGGAACAUAUAGUUAGUGAUUCUUUCAUAUAGUUUGACAA